AAACAAGCCAGUUGCCAUUGUAUUGCAAGGCCAAACUGGCGCCUGUCUGCGCAUGCGCACUACUGAGCCUCUGAGGGAAGAGAAAGAAUUGUUCGGUUGUGGAUUACAGGCGAUAACAACAUCGUAAGAAAGAUGUCAGGAUUCCUGGAUGGUAUCAGAUGUGGGGACUGUGAAUGCAACAUCGACUGGGCAGAGAAAAGAAACACCAUUGCCUCAAUAGCAGCUGGAGUAUUGUUCUUCACAGGAUGGUGGAUCAUAAUCGACGCAGCAAUAAUGUACCCCAAAGAGGAGGACUUUCACCACGCGUACCAUACCUGUGGAGUCAUCGCCACUAUAGCGUUCCUCAUGAUCAACGCAGUGUCAAACGGCCAGGUGAGAGGUGACAGCUACAGCGAAGGCUGCAUGGGACAGACAGGUGCGAGAGUGUGGCUCUUCAUCGGCUUCAUGCUGGCCUUUGGCUCUCUCAUUGCUUCCAUGUGGAUUCUGUUUGGAGGUUUUGUUGUGCCUGCGAAGGCAGCAGUGUAUCCUGGGAUUGCAGUUUUCUUCCAGAACGCAUUCAUCUUCUUUGGGGGUCUGGUGUUCAAGUUUGGACGCACAGAGGACCUGUGGCAGUGAAAAGCCUCUCUUCCUGACCAUCAUACACCCUGAAUCUGUCUGUACUAUUUUUCUUUUCUCUAUCAUUUUUUCCCUUUCCCAUUCACAAGCACGCCCCCUUUUUUGCUGUGCGACUGCCAGAUGUGUGUCGAGAUAAACAGUGACGAGUUGCUGUCGUACAAACCAAGCGUGACGCAUCUAGCCUCAGAAUUCAAAAGUACUUCAGCUAGACGUUUUUUUGAAAUGUCGGGCGAAAAAAGAAAAAAAAAGAAGACAGGGAACACUGACGUAGCGAACAUGUUUGUUUAAUGACGCUCUGCACUCCUGUUCACGUUGCACUGUUCUUUUUACCUCACAUUUAGCUUUAGUUGUUCCCUCAGAUUCGUUUUAGUUCUUGUUCACGCUUGGUGCGUGUGGCGGCCUGGGAAAACCCUUCAAAUUGGUCAGAUUGAGACAUUUUGUACUCUAUACAGGUCUCAAAACUACAAACUUUGCUGAAUAUGUGGCAUAUAUAGAAGUAAAGAUCUAGCAUUUUAAAGUCGCAUUUAAAGAUUUAAUCUUAAUUCCAAUGAAAGAUGCCCCGCCUACCUCUACAUUGCUAAGAUCAUUUAUAAGCUACUGAUGAAAAAAAAAAAUCUGUAAAAAUGAGAAAUUAUUCUUUUUUUUUUUAAUAAUAAUUUGUCAUCUCUUCAUUGGACGGAUCUCUGUUCUCACUUACAUGGGUACAUCAGAAAUAAUCGCUGAUUCAUCCACUCGCUUCUGUCCUGUCUACCAAAUGUCUUUUUAUUAGGUCCUUCUAUUCAAACCCUGAAUUUUUUUCCAGAAUUCAGCCAUAGCCACGUCUCCAGGUUUUCCCAGACCACCACACGUGUUUACUCCAGUCUGUGGGAGUCGCCUUCACUGUUUCACUGGGAUAUUUAACAAGUAGUUUACCUGCGAGUGGGAACAUUAUGUUGUUUCCUCACUUGCUUUUGGAAGUCUGUGGGGAAAACACGUGUGAAAACAUUAAUUUUUUUGCUUCUUGUAUCUGUUAAUGGGAAUUAAGCGCAAAUCUUCACUUAACCAGCUUCAUCAGCAAAUUUGAUGCAUUUGAUAACAUUUUCACUUGAGUUCUGUGGGUCUCAGAUGUUUGUUUUUUUUGUUCCAAAGUCAUAAGCAUCUCAUUAAAUUUCACGUUUUCUUAUUGUAAGAAUGCAAGUGUACGCUCUUGUAACGGAUAAACAGCUUUGCGAAUCCCUUUUUUUCUAUUCUGUAUCAUGUAUUCAUUUUUGUACAUGUUUAGCUUUACGUUUGCACUCUAUUUAUGUAACACGGCUGCUGUACAGCAAAGACGUCAUAAAUGCAAGCACAAAAAAAAAAAAAAAAAGCAGCCUGUCCAGCACCAAUCAGUCUGAAAGGUUUAUUAAAUUAAAACACUAGAGGAAUGUAAACUCUCAUUUCGUCUGACAGUUUUUUUUUUUUUUUUCAUUUGUUUUUUUGCAACCGUAUUUGUCGAAAAAAAAAUAAAAUGACAGAAACUCUCCGCA